UGAAAAUACGCAAGCCCUUCGUCUUUUCCCUCUAAUCUCUCUCACUUGUAUAGUUUGUUUCUUUGUUCAACGCAACGCAACGUCUCUCUCACAUUCAUCACUCACAGAUGCAAGACAUUUUCGGAUCAGUUCGCCGGUCACUGGUGUUCCGUGCUGCUUCACCGGAGACCGAAGAUCAGUCACUCGGAGUUGGUGGAACCCUAGUUGAUAAGAUCGGUUACUGCAUCCGUAAUUCUAGAGUUUUCUCUAAACCCUCGCCGCCGUCACCGCCGAUUCCGAAGGAUACUGUGCCGCAAAUCAGAUGGCGCAAAGGAGAGUUGAUCGGUUGUGGUGCCUUUGGUCAUGUUUACGUUGGAAUGAAUCUCGAUUCUGGAGAGCUUUUAGCCGUUAAACAGGUUUUGAUUGCAGCAAGUAGUGCUUCGAAGGAGAAGGCACAGGCUCAUGUAAAAGAACUUGAGGAAGAAGUUAAGCUGCUAAAAGAUCUUUCGCAUCCCAACAUUGUUAGAUAUUUGGGUACAGUCAGAGAAGAAGAUACCUUAAAUAUUCUCCUUGAGUUUGUUCCGGGUGGAUCCAUAUCUUCACUGUUGGGGAAGUUUGGAGCUUUCCCUGAGGCUGUCAUAAGAACUUAUACGAAGCAGAUAUUGCUUGGACUCGAGUACUUGCACAAAAAUGGAAUCAUGCACAGGGACAUUAAGGGGGCCAAUAUUCUUGUAGAUAAUAAAGGAUGCAUAAAACUUGCAGAUUUUGGAGCAUCCAAACAGGUCGUUGAGCUGGCUACCAUGUCUGGUGCCAAGUCGAUGAAGGGUACUCCAUAUUGGAUGGCUCCUGAAGUUAUUCUCCAGACUGGGCAUAGCUUCUCUGCUGACAUAUGGAGUGUGGGCUGUACCGUAAUUGAGAUGGCCACCGGAAAGCCUCCUUGGAGCCAGCAAUACCAACAAGAGGUUGCUGCUCUCUUCCAUAUAGGGACAACUAAGUCUCAUCCACCUAUCCCAGAUCAUCUCUCUGCCGGAGCAAAAGAUUUUCUUCUAAAGUGUUUGCAGAAGGAACCAAUCUUGAGGCUAUCAGCAUCAGAACUUCUGCAGCACCCCUUUGUAACUGGUGAAAAUACUGACUCGAAUCCUCAGUCAUCUAUUGACAUGGGAAAUUUUAGGGCGUCUUCACCAUCAUGUGCUCCAAAUGUUGAAUCCUUACUUUGCAGCUCAACAGCAAAUCCUGAGGACUCUGGAAAUAAUCAAUUAUGGGGAAUGAGCAAUGAUGAUGAUGAUGACAUGUGUGAGAUUGAUGAUAAAGAAGAGUUCUCAGUGUGUGAUGUCAAACACAAAUCUUUUGUGCCAGAUAACUUCGAGAGUUUCAACCCAAUGUCUGAUCCCUCUGAAGACUGGGGGUGUAAAUUUGAUGCAACUCCAGAACUGGAAAAUAGAGAAGUUAGUCUGGACACUGAUGAAAGUUACAAGUCACGUACUCAAUUGGAGUCUAAUAAGGAACAAAAAGAUUUAUCCUUUCCUUGUGUGCCAUCUCUGUCAGAAGAAGAUGACGAGCUCACCGAGUCCAAAAUUAGAGCUUUUUUGGAUGAGAAGGCUCUUGAACUGAAAAAACUGCAGACACCUUUAUAUGAAGAGUUUUUCAAUAGUUUAAAUGCAUCUUGCUCUCCCAAUGUGAUUGAUAGCCCAAGUGAUGAUACCGCCGGUCGAAAAUACUUGAGAUUACCUCCUAAAAGCAAAUCACCAAGUCGGAUACCAUUUAGCUCUCCUUCUAAAGUUGACAGUGCUGGAAGUCCCGGAAGUAAUGGAAGGUCCUCGUCAACAGUUGGAAAUGUAAAUAGUCAUGGUUCACAAGAUGUUCCAUCAACUCCCAUUAAUGAACGGAAAGGAGUGAUAGUUGACUCUCAGCAGGAGCCCUUCAGCCCAAGUUUAAGCUUCUCUGAGAGACAGAGGAAGUGGAAAGAAGAGCUAGACCAGGAGCUUGAGAGAAAACGAGAAAUGAUGCGCCAAGGUAUGGCAAAGACAUCUUCACCAAAGGACCGAGCCUUACAUCGACAGCGGACAAGAUUUGCUUCUCCCAGCUAAUAGCUGUGUUGUUAGAGCGUUCAUCCUGUCUUCGUGAACGUCGGAUUGCAAACAGGUCUUGCUGCAGUUUUGUUGGGGUGUCAAUAUUAUAUAUAUAAAUCCAAUAUGAUAUCUGAUUAAAUCGCUGUCAUUUGACAUAUCUCACAUGGGCUUGUCCGUGCUGUUGUGUUAUGUAAAGCUUUUUACAUAGGUGUUGCUUGAAAUUUUUGGCUUUCGAUAUUGGGCUUGAGAUGGAUGCUCGUCUCAAAUUUAUAUGCUCACUGUAUUAUGAAUAUAGAAAUAAUCAGAACUGUGUGGCGCAAGAUUGCCGCUGUUUUUUUC